UCUAUAUUACAGCAGGCUUUUCAUUUAACUGCAAGUAACUAAAAGUAAGUUCACACUGGUUCUGAUUCACUCGUUGUUUUUCUUGGUCUUUGCAAUGUCUAUUGUGCGGCAAUCGGUUUUGAUGGAUGAUGAAAAAGAAGAGAACAAGUCGUUCAGGAGUGUAUUUUCUGCUCGCUAUACCACCACCAUGGGGAUUGCAUUUGGGAGACAAACCACCAAAUUUAAUAUCCCAAUUCACGAUACUCGAGCCUUGUUGGACAGGAAUGUAAAACGUCACGAAGACGACGCGCGGUUUGUUGGAGAGUUUGAUGACAACGAGAACGCUAAGUUUUUCAAGUAUACGCCGCAGUCUGAAGAUAUAGAUAUUUGUCCCAACGAUCCCAGCUAUACCAAAUUUAAGUGUCCCAUGGAAAUUAACUGCAAGGAGCGAUUGAAGAAAGAUACUAUCAGAUAUAACAACCAGCUGAUGAAUGAAAUCUCAAACCUUAUUGAUUACCAAAAGAACGCUCUGGAAGCCGCAUAUUUCGUUAAGGUGAUGUCAUACACCACUCUGUGGCCACCUUAUCAUAGUAAUCUGGAAAUAGCCAACACAAGCCGCACAUUUUACCGACUGUCAAAAAAGGAACAGGCCCGAUACAACUAUAUUAUGUCCCAUAAUUUUUCCUAAAAACUGUUAAGAAGAUUAUUUCAUCAAAUGAAACAGUCUUGAGAAAUUCUUUGAAAAGAAUUUCGAUAUUUAUCGAUAAUAGCCUAAAUUAUUUACGACAAUAAUAUGCGUGGCCGAACUUCAAGAUAAAAUAAAUAACAAAUUUCACAGUGAAA